GCCAGACCUCCUGGGGGCCGUCUGCCCGACUGCCCCUGACUCCGGCAGCGGGGUCCCCGAUGGCAGUGGGCGCCUCCCCGUGAAACCUGCCAAGCUGGACGCCACAGCUCUGCACGACGACACUUUGGCCAACUCUGUGCCCCCUUCGGAGGCGUCCAACCAUGCAGUCCUAGCCUGCAGCCCGGGCAUCCCUGAGGAACACUAUGUAAGCGAGGCUGUGGAAGAUGCUCCCGGCUGCAGAGGGUACCGGGAUGCCUGCACCAUCACUGACGUGUGCAACAGCACUGACCUUCCGGAAGUUGAGAUCAUCAGCCUGCUGGAGGAGCAGCUGCCCCAUUACAAGCUAAGAGCUGACACCAUCUACGGUUAUGACCACGACGACUGGCUCCAUACCCCCCUCAUUUCUCCAGAUGCCAACAUUGACCUCACGACCGAGCAGAUUGAGGAGACGCUGAAGUACUUCCUUUUAUGUGCUGAAAGAGUUGGCCAGAUGACUAAGACAUAUAAUGACAUAGAUUCUGUAACUCGGCUUCUUGAGGAGAAAGAGCGGGAUCUAGAGUUGGCUGCUCGGAUCGGCCAGUCGUUGUUGAAGAAGAACAAGACGCUAACCGAGAGGAAUGAGCUGCUGGAGGAGCAGGUGGAGCACAUCAGGGAGGAGGUGUCACAGCUCCGGCAUGAACUGUCCAUGAAGGAUGAACUGCUUCAGUUCUACUCCAGCGCCGCAGAGGAGAGCGAGCCGGAGUCUGUGUGCUCCACCCCGUUGAAGAGGAAUGAGUCAUCCUCCUCCGUCCAGAAUUACUUCCAUCUGGAUUCUCUCCAGAAGAAGCUGAAGGACCUUGAAGAGGAGAACGUUGUACUUCGAUCAGAGGCCUGCCAGCUGAAGACGGAGACCAUUACCUAUGAAGAGAAGGAACAGCAGCUGGUCAACGACUGCGUGAAGGAGCUGAAAACCAUUCUCUCUGGCUCUUGCGACUGUCGUUUCUUGGUCAAAGGGGAUGCCAACGUGCAGAUUGCCAGUAUCUCGGAGGAACUGGCCAAGAAGACGGAAGAUGCUGCCCGCCAGCAGGAGGAGAUCACACACCUGCUCUCCCAAAUAGUUGAUUUGCAGAAGAAGGCAAAAGCUUGUGCAGUGGAAAAUGAAGAGCUUGUCCAACACCUGGGGGCCGCCAAGGAUGCCCAACGGCAGCUCACGGCCGAGCUGCGCGAGCUGGAGGACAAGUACGCCGAGUGCAUGGAGAUGCUCCACGAGGCGCAGGAAGAGCUCAAGAACCUGCGGAACAAGACCAUGCCCAACACCACGUCCAGGCGCUACCACUCGCUGGGCCUGUUUCCCAUGGACUCCUUGGCGGCGGAGAUCGAGGGAACCAUGCGCAAGGAGCUGCAGCUGGAAGAGCCCGAGUCGCCAGACAUCGCUCACCAGAAGCGAGUCUUUGAGACCGUAAGAAACAUCAACCAGGUGGUCAAGCAGAGGUCUCUGACCCCGUCCCCCAUGAACAUCCCUGGCUCCAACCAGUCCUCGGCCAUGAACUCGCUCCUGUCCAGCUGUGUCAGCACCCCCCGGUCCAGCUUCUACGGCAGCGACGUCGGCAACGUCGUCCUUGACAACAAGACCAACAGCAUCAUCCUGGAAGCAGAGUCAGCAGACCUGGGAAACGAGGAGCGGAGUAAGAAGCCGGGCACGCCGGGCACCCCGGGCUCCCACGACCUGGAGACGGCGCUGCGGCGGCUGUCCCUCCGCCGGGAGAACUACCUCUCGGAGAGGAGGUUCUUCGAGGAGGAGCAGGAGCGGAAGCUCAGGGAGCUGGCGGAGAAGGGCGAGCUGCUCAGCGGCUCCCUGACGCCCACCGAGAGCAUCAUGUCCCUGGGCACGCACUCGCGCUUCUCGGAGUUCACCGGCUUCUCUGGCAUGUCGUUCAGCAGCCGCUCCUACCUGCCCGAGAAGCUGCAGAUCGUCAAGCCGCUGGAAGGUUCUGCCACCCUUCACCACUGGCAGCAGUUGGCCCAGCCUCACCUCGGGGGCAUCCUGGACCCCCGGCCUGGUGUGGUCACCAAGGGCUUCCGGACGCUGGACGUUGACCUGGACGAAGUGUACUGCCUUAACGACUUCGAAGAAGAUGACACAGGUGACCACAUUUCCCUCCCGGGCCUAGCUACCUCCACGCCAGUUCAGCACCCAGAGACCUCAGGUGAGAGGUCCCGAGCACGCGUGACUGUCUCAGGCAGCAGAAGUUACCCGAGCCGGCCUCAGGCUUUCCCAGAGGAGAUGCAGGAGCCGCCAGCGGCCGAGGAGGAGGAGGAGGAGGAGGAGGGGUCUGCCCACCACCCUGGGAAGUGCAUGUCACAGACAAACUCCACCUUCACCUUCACCACCUGUCGCAUCCUGCAUCCUUCAGACGAGCUCACGCGGGUCACGCCAAGCCUUAACUCGGCCCCGACUCCAGCUUGUGGCAGCACCAGCCACUUGAAGUCCACGCCGGUGGCCACGCCGUGCACUCCGCGGAGACUGAGCCUGGCCGAAUCCUUCACUAACGUCCGUGAGUCCACGACCACCAUGAGCACAUCCCUGGGGCUGGUGUGGCUGCUGAAGGAGCGGGGCAUUUCCGCGGCUGUGUACGACCCCCAGAGCUGGGACAGGGCUGGCCGGGGCUCUCUCCUGCACUCCUACACCCCCAGGAUGACCGUGAUCCCCUCUACCCCGCCCAACUCGCCUAUGCAGUCGCCCACGUCUUCCCCGCCCUCCUUCGAGUUCAAGUGCACGAGCCCUCCCUACGACAACUUCCUGGCCUCCAAGCCAGCCAGCUCCAUCCUGAGGGAGGUGAGGGAGAAGAAGGCGGUCCGGAGCAGCGAGAGCCAGACCGACGUGUCUGUCUCCAACCUGAACCUCGUGGACAAAGUCAGGAGGUUUAGUGUGGCCAAAGUGGUGAACUCGGGGCGAGCCCACGUCCCCACCUUGACUGAGGACCAGGGACCUCUCCUCUGUGGGCCCCCGGGCCCCACGCAGGCCCUUGUCCCCGGAGGCCUGGUACCCGAGGGCCUGCCCCUUGGAUGCCCCACCGUCACCAGUGCCAUCGGCGGGCUCCAGCUCAACAGUGGCAUCCGACGGAACCGCAGCUUCCCCACCAUGGUGGGGUCCAGCAUGCAGAUGAAAGCCCCCGUGACGCUCACCUCGGGCAUCUUGAUGGGUGCUAAACUCCCCAAACAAACUAGCUUACGGUGAGGCUGGGAGAAGGCCCUUCCGCUAGAGGAAACCCGUCUUGCUCCCGCCUCCCUCUCCUCCCCCCGCACUGCGCACGCUCCCUCUGCUUUCCUCUGUACGUCCCCUCCUGAGCUGGACAAAUCAACCUCGUGCCUCAUGGGGGCAGAGUGGAGACUCUGUAAAAUGUGUACAUAGGACCUGGAGACCUGUAUCCGCCCUGCCCUUCCUUCGAAUCCCACGGGAAGCACCCCAGCACCGACAUCGCUCUCUUGAGGACUUGGCCCGUGCUGGCCGGGGGCAGGGGCAGCCCGGUGUCUUUCCUUCUUCUUUCCUUUGAGAAGCACUGAACCCCCCCACCCCCACCGCCCCAUGUGUGUUCUUAUCCCAUGGAUAGGAAACCAGUGAAUCUGUGGCUGGCUGCCGGAGCCACACAUCCUGAGCUGUCACGUAGCACAGUGGCUGUGCCGCCUGGUGUCACUGGGCACCUGGCCUCACCCUCCCUGUAAGAGCGUAAGGGGCCUCCGUCCGCUGCCACGUGCAGCGGCCCCAACGGACGGUCGCUUCUUUUCUUGAGCUGUGACUUUCUCUUCUCAUGCCUUCAACCUGAAUUCAUCCCUCCAUGUUUUGUAAUCCACUGUCGGACCAGACAUCUGACCUGAAAGAGAAUGUAUUUACACUCCUGCUGCACCGUUUGGCAGCCCCUGUGUGUUCUGUGUGAUUUGUUUUAUUUUUCUGCGUUUUGUUUUGUUUUUUUAAUAUAUGCAGGGAAGUAAUGGUACUACAUGGGAAGUCGCAGUGAAUGUUCUGUCUGUGGUUCUGUGACACCAAAAUACAAGUUUCAGACACACCAAGCCGCUCCUGAGAUAGCAGCUUAUUUCUGGGACCCAGUGUCACAACCAAAUUAAGACCAGACCCAAGGCGAUUUUAACAAUAGGAUCAUAAGGAAAGGGGGUUGGGGAAAGGUGGUGGAUGAAAUUUGUCAACAGUAUAAGUCAAAGAGAAGAACCACGGCCAAAGGUAACACCAAACUGGUUCACAGAGAAAUGAGGCUUUGGCGGUCCUCUUGUUCUGGUCCUUGUUCUGGACCUGAGACCAGUGAGCAUGCUUUCACGUCUGUGGUCUUCUUCUGCAGCCAUUCGAUGCCCUCAAAACACGUUUUGCCCUCUUGUUUCAGAACAGAGUGGUCCCCAAAAGCCCUUUGUGUCCUUGUGCCACUUUUUAUCCUUAGGAAAAGGUAGAGGUGUUGUGAGAAGAACCGUGAACAAACAGGGAGUCUGGUCCCAUCGCUGUCACUGACUAAGUUUCAAACUUUUAUUUAUUAUUUGUGUGUGCUGUAUUUUAAACAAACAUCUUCUGUCCUCUCCAGCUCGGUCACAGCGCGCCUGUGGCUUUCCAAUCCAAGCAGGUCAUUUAUUUAUUCUGAUCUGAGGACUGCACUGCACAUCACGGUGCUCUGUGGCCAUUUGUUCCAGACAUUUAUGGAAGGAUAACAUCAUAUGCAAAUGAAAUCGUCCUUUUGCACCCCCCAUCACCCUCCUCCCGCCACCCUUGGCAAAAGAUGUAUCCUUCAAUUGAGUGAGUGUGACCUUAUGUCCACUGAAGAUACUUUGAGAAAGUCCCCAGGAGCAAGCUUCGGUCCCAUGAUUUCAUACUAUUUAUUCUCUGAACACGAGGGUGUUGGUUAAUUGUGUUUUCAACUCUCCUCGCUGUGGUAUGUGUGCACUCACUGCAAGGAACUUAUAUCUUUUUAUUUGAAUGUAUUUUAAAGCAGUAGGUAGAAUAACAAGGGAAUAUGAAAACCAUGGAUGGAACGGACCAUUUUAUGUAUUCAGAGAGAGGAGCCACCCAUCAUCACAAAGGAGAUACCCGUGUAAAAAUCAACAAUUCGGAGGUUGCAGUAUUUAGUAUAGUUAAUAAAUGAUCAACAUUGUGCAACCACUACCAAAAAGUGUGUUGUAAUGCAUCCAAAAUCAACAAUAAAAUUUUAUUUGCUAAUGAAUACCAAUAAAAUAAGUUCAAAUGAUGGAAACCACA